CCUGCGGAUGCUUUGAUUAAGUGUCACGUCAUUACGAGAUGCAUGGAGGGGAAAAAGAAAAGCGAGGUAAACUUCUAAGUGAAAUUACUUUGUUCAGCACAUUAAGUCAUUAAAUCCAUCGGGCCCGCCCGCCGGCGUGUGAAACAGAACAGGAUUUGCGGUCUAAGUUGUCGGUGAGAGCUUCUGUGAGUGCUUGGACAAUCCGCCUGUCACUGGCUAAUUGAACAAAUGAAAGCGCCUCUGUAGUCAAAGCUUAGUCUAUUAAUUUCCAUCAGCCAUGCAGAGGAGUUGGUGACAGGAAGGCUUUCGGUCUGUGUGUAUGCAUGUGUAUGAGUGCAUUUAUUGUGUUUUGUAUGUGGUUGUGCGCACAAUUGUGUGUGUGUGUGUGUGUGUUUGUCUGCAAGAGGCUGUGUGUGUAUGUGUGCACGUUUGUGCGUGUGUGCGUGUCUGCCUGCCUGAGGCUGUGUGCGUGUGUGAAUGAGUAAGUGUCUGUCUGUGUGCACGUGUGCAUGCAUACGGUGUGCGUGCGCGUGCGGACGUGCAACGUGAGACAGCCGAGAAGUUUCUCAUCCCAUGUGUCAGCGGCAUUGAUCCCUAGCCUGAGAGACACCGCCAACAGGUCUCCUCUCUCCCCCGCUCCCCCCCGCUGGUAUCUGAUGAGAACCCUGUCAGUUGAGUUCCACCAUGAUGGAGGCUCUGGGGGACGACAGGACGGUGGGCUUCCUUCCUCCGUUCGACGUGCCUCGCAGGGGGGACAAUGCUGGCGACCGAGCCCCUGCCAUCUGACAUCAAUAACCUGCGUGCUGAUAAAGAGCGAUACAAUCACUCGCUCUUAAUCCUCUUGUUCACGGAGGCGGACACCAUCGUGAUGGGCGACGUGACGUACGGCGCCUGCUGCGUGGACGACUUCACCGCCCGGGCCCUGGGGGCCGACUUCAUGGUACACUACGGCCACAGCUGUCUCAUCCCCAUAGAUUCCACCGCGGGCAUUAAGAUGCUGUACGUGUUCGUGGACAUCCAGAUGGACAAUGCCCACUUCCUGGACACGGUCAAGUUCAACUUCCCCGCCGGACACUACCUGGCGCUGGUCAGCACCAUCCAGUUUGUGGCUGCGCUCCAGGCUGUGAGUGCAGCCCUGAGGCCAGAGUAUGAAGUGCUGGUUCCACAGUGUCGGCCGUUGUCCCCGGGAGAGAUCCUGGGCUGCACCUCUCCCCGCCUGGACCGCAACGUCAACGCUAUAAUAUACCUGGGAGAUGGCCGGUUCCACCUGGAGUCCAUCAUGAUCGCCAACCCUGACCUCCCGGCCUACAGAUAUGACCCUUACAGUAAGGUGUUCUCCAGAGAGUACUACGACCAUGACGCAAUGAAAGCCAUCCGGCUCAAGUCCAUCGAACAGGCUCGUUCGGCCCAGAGAUGGGGCCUCAUCCUGGGGACACUGGGCCGGCAGGGGAGCCCCAAAGUGCUGGAGACGCUGGAGGCCAAGCUGGAGUCCCUGGGGAGGUCCUUCAGCCGCGUGCUGCUGUCUGAGAUCUUCCCAAGCAAACUGGACCUGAUGCCCGACGUGGAUGCGUGGGUCCAGAUCGCGUGUCCGCGCCUGUCCAUCGAUUGGGGCUCGGCCUUCACCAAACCACUGCUGUCUCCCUAUGAGGCUGCGGUGGCGCUGCAGCAGGUGGGCUGGCAGGAGACGUACCCCAUGGACUUCUACUCCAACCAGAGCCUGGGGCCAUGGACUCCCAACCACCCCGACCACCAACCGGCACGUCCGGCCCGCAGACAGGCCCAGAAACCAGCCUCCAAGCCAGCCUGCACCGCAGAGCCCGCAGUACCCAGCAUGCAGUGCUCCCAGAACCAGUGCUCCCAGGACCAGUGCUCACAGUCCCAUUGCGGCAAGAACCAGUGCUCACAGACCCAGUGCGCCCCCUGUGGCUGUCACAAAGAAUGACACACGAAACUCUAUAUCCACUGCUUUUUUCACCAGCUUCACUAAUCAGAUGCAGCUCCUGCGGCUUACUGUAUUAUAGCCCACUGUACAGUAAGGCUGACACGAUGGAGAGAGAGAGAGAGAGAGAGAGAG